UGCGUCGUGCUAGUUUGCGUUCUCUGCUCACUUGUCAGCUCCUAUCCUAUCAUUCCCACACAAAACCCACGAAGGCGCCGCCACUGCUUGCUCAGGCGCGCCAUGUCUCCGGUGAGAGUAAUCCACGCGAGCUACGUCGACGUGCCGGCAACCGCCAUGGUGUCACCAGAACCGAUCAAGCUCACCGCGAUGGAGGCGCAGUGGGUCGUCGUCCCGGUGCUGCAGCACGUCCUGCUGUACGAGGGCGAAGGCUUGCCGCACUUCAACGACGUUCUCCAGUCCCUCAGCUCCUCCCUGGCCGCGACUCUGCGCAGCUUCGCCCCACUGGCCGGCAAGCUCGUACACCUCGAAGGCACGGGCGACGUUGCUAUUGUCUGCUCCUCCUCGGACGGCGUCGGUUUCAUCGUCGCAGAGUCCGACGCCGACAUCCACCGCCUCGCCGGCGACGAGGAGCACGACGUGCGCGUGCUCGAGCGGCUCGCGCCGGAGGUGGACAUGGGCGAGCUGCCGACCCCCGUCCUGGCCGUGCAGGCCACGCGCUUCGAGGGAGGCGUGGCGGUCGGGGUGACGGUGCACCACGGCGUCGCCGACGGGUGGUCGCUGUGGACGUUCGUCGAGGCGUGGGCGACGGCGUGCCGAGGCGAGACGCGGGCGGCGACGCCGUGCUUCGACCGCUCGCUCGUCAAGCUGCCUGGUGGCCAAGAGCUGGCCAGGAGCUUCUUGAGAAAGUACGCGCCAAAUCUACCAAAGGCGGUAUAUCCGGCGCCGCUCUUAGAGGACCAUGCACGGUUGACGCGCCGGACGUUCACCUUGGACGCGCGGAACAUCCAGCGCCUCAAAGAGCGCAUCGUGCGUCUCGGCGAAGCCCAAGGCGCGGCGCCGCCGUCCACCUUCAUCGCGGUCGUCGCGCUCGCCUGGACGUGCUUCGCCCGGUGCAAGCCGUUCGCCUCGGACGACGACGUGAUGGUCGGCUUCCUCGCGGAUGCCCGGCACCGCCUCGAGCCUCCCGUCGACGCGGGAUACUUCGGCGCGUGCCUCACCGGAUGCAUCGCGAGCCUCCCCCCGCGCGAGCUCCGCGACGAGCACGCCCUGGCGGCCGCGGCGCGUGCGGUGCAGGAGGAGGUCCGCAAGAAGACGGAGGACCCGAUGGCCGGGUGCAAUUUCCUGGCACCGGCGUUCACGGUCGCCAUGGAACGGCUGAUGAACGUGUCUGGCGCGUCGAGCUUCCGGGCCUACGAGCUGGCGGACUUCGGGUGGGGCAGGCCGAGGCGGACGGAGAAUACCAGGAUGAACCGCGACGGCCAGGUGGCGCUGAUGCGCGCCAGGGACGGGCUGGGAGUGCAGGUAUCGGUCUCGCUGCUCGAACCGGCGCAAAUGGCCGAGUUCAAGUCUCAGUUGCUCGAGUUAGUCGGUUAAAUGUGAGGGAGCACUCCUCCAUUUAUUUUUACUUGGCAUAUAAAAUUUGUCUGAAACCGUAAAGUUUUAAAAGUAUGUGUUAAAAAAUACAAUUAUUUAUUAAAAUACUAAAGUUAUACAUAUGAAGUACUACA